AUGGCGGGGGUCGAUAUGGAGAAAUGCAAGCGUAUUGUACAAUACUUCUGGGACCCAGAACCUAAGAAUGACACAGUCCCCAAAGUCUCGAUCUGGUGCCUGGGCCAAGAAUACACCCCCACCUCAGGAGAUGCCUCAAAGGGCAUAGUAGAAGAUACCUCUAAUCGCGACGAGCCCGCAGCGAGUCCCGCCCCGAACGAGACGGUCGGAAGCAGCCCGAGCUCAUGGCCAAAUGCAUUCCUGGAUGACUUCGAGUCAAGGAUAUGGAUGACAUACCGAUCAAACUUCCCCCCGAUCCCCCGUAACAAUACACCAGAAGCGACCUCGUCCAUGACCCUAGGCGUCCGUCUACGCAGCCAGCUUAUGGACUCACAGGGAUUCACAUCAGACACCGGGUGGGGAUGCAUGAUUCGAUCCGGUCAAAGCCUACUGGCAAAUACACUAUCCUUCAUACAGCUGGGGCGAGGUGAUGAUAUCCCAUACACAAUACAGAUUAACCCCCCCGAUGCAAACAGAGUGCUGACUGACCAAGUAGACUGGCGAAGAGGUAACUCGCCAGAAGAAGAGUCCAAGCUACUCGCCAUGUUCGCCGAUGACCCCGAAAGCCCAUUCUCGAUACAUCGAUUUGUUCAACGUGGAGCGGAAUAUUGUGGGAAAUACCCGGGAGAGUGGUUUGGGCCGUCGGCCACAGCUCGCUGUAUACAGAUGCUAUCCAGCGAAUGUGAAUCACCCAAGCUGAGGGUCUACGUAACAAACAACACGUCGGACGUCUACGAAGAUCAGGUUGCCCGGCUUGGCCGCGAUGAAAAUGGGCAAACGAUACCAGUUCUCGUGCUACUCGGUCUAAGGCUAGGUAUCGAGCAGGUCACCUCAGUAUAUUGGGAUGGCCUUCGAGCUGCUCUGCAGUAUCCACAAUCUGUUGGAAUCGCUGGGGGACGCCCAUCAGCAUCGCAUUAUUUCGUGGGUGUGCAAGAUUCCCAUUUGUUCUUCCUGGACCCCCAUUCCACGCGCCCGGCACUCCCGACGCCUCGACCUGGCAAGAUCUACUCCACCGAGGAAUUCGAUAGUUGCCACACCCGCCGAUUGCGGCGGAUACACAUCAAAGACAUGGAUCCGAGCAUGUUGAUCGGAUUUGUGAUUCGGGACGAGGCGGACUGGAAAGAUUGGAAACAACGCGUGCAAUCAACACCGGGAAAACCCAUCAUCCACAUACUUUCCGGAGCACCGGUGGAAGAAGGGCCAGGGCCAGGUCGAAUGGAAGCACUGGACGAAGUCGAGGCUCUGGAUGAUUCGGAUAUCGCG